CUAGUGCUAUUUGCGGAGCUGCGUAUGUCGCAUAUUGAUUUUAUGGAUGAUACGAACACUGUAAUGAGACAUAAAUUCCUGAAAAACUGGAAUGAUGAUCGUGAUGCACUGGUCUAUCCACCAUCAUCAGGCCGCUAUUCGGUGUACACCGGUGCCGAUAUUGUUGAUCAGUUCGCUUUCGUGGUCUACUACUCCAUACAAGAUGAUUCAUUUGCAAGUUUCUCAUAUGAUACGCUAAAGGAUCAGGGUAUUCGAACACCAGUUUCAAUUGAUGAUCCACGAUUGCAAAAAACUUGGCACAUCGCAGUGGACGAUAUACCACCGAUGGAAUUUUGCAUAAAUCGUAUUGCCAAUGUGACAGUUUAUAACAACACCUACGAAUUUGAUGUCACCGAAAUUCACGAUUGCGUUUUACUGAAAUUCACUGAAAAAGAAGUGAAAGAAAUCCGAAAAAAUUCAAGUGUUUUACGAGAAUUAUUGAAAGAACGUCAUAUCACAUUCAGGCCUGAAGAUGCUCUCAUCAUAUCAAAAGGAAUUUUGAAAUUCAGUCUACGCACCAUUCACUUCAGUCCAGUUUCAACCGAUCAAAGACCGGAAUGCUACCGAAUUGAUGUUUCGGUAAUAUUUGACAAUUCGCGACAUACAGGACAAGUGUACAUAUAUUUAUCAACAGUAAUUAGCUAUGUUACUUUGUGCAGUGGUCGAGUAUUGCAUGGUGGUGGUAUAUUUUUGGUAAGCAUUAUCAUAUUUAUCAUUGAUAUGUUGGUGCUACUGAUGUGUAUUGCAUCAUUUGUCCUAUGCUGUCGUGCGCUUCUUCGGGCUCAUCUACUGAAAUUAGUCAGUUUUAGUCUUACUUCUUUUUCAGGUGGUGGUGUAUUUUUGGUGAGCAUUAUCAUAUUUAUCAUUGAUAUGUUGGUGCUACUGAUGUGUAUUGCAUCAUUUAUCCUAUGCUGUCGUGCGCUUCUUCGGGCUCAUCUACUGAAACUAGUUACCAUGGAAUUUGUGGAGACUGUGCUGAAACGCAAAUUGAGUCUCAGCGAUCGGUUGGAAUUCCUUAAUCUAUGGUAUUUGAUGAUUGUGACUAAUGAUAUUUUCAUAAUACUGGGCACAUUAUGCAAAAUUACUAUUGAAUUUAGGUUUAAGUGA